AUGAAUAAAGAUGAUGUUAUAAAUUUCUUAUAUCCCACAUCUGAAGAAGAAAAACCUAAAGAACCUGAUGUUUUCCCUGAAUAUUAUGAAGAACGGAUUAAAGAUGAUGAAUACAAUGAAAUUGAAAGACUGAAAAAAAUAAGAGAUGAAAUAGAUGAAAAAAUUAAGGAAUUAAGAGAAGUUGAAAAAUAUAAUGAAAAUGAAGUAGAGGGUUUAAUGAAUAUCCCAGCUUCAGAAUCAGAAGUACAGAAAUCUCAUGAAGAAAG